CCCACUAUAGUGUUUGUUGCCUAUAAAUUUCUUCGUGGCGAUCGGUUUCAAUUGCAAUUUCAAUAAAUUUCCCCCAGCAACCGCUUCAAGUUCGCCGUGAUGAUGCCUCCCCAGUUUUCCCCAGCUGUGGAUCUCGCUGUGCAGAUCGCGAAUUGCCGCCAGGGGGAGGUUCACGUCAUCAUCGGACCAAUGUUCGCCGGAAAGUCCACCGCCCUACUCCGCCGCGUGAUGGCGGAGGCCGACUCUGGCAGGAGUGUGGCGAUGAUUAAGUCGAUCAAGGAUACUCGAUACGCUGUCGAUGCCGUGGUUACGCACGAUGGGGCGAAUUUCCCUUGUUGGGCGUUGUCAGAUCUGUUGUCUUUUAAGCACAAAAUUGGGGCUGAUGCUUAUGCUAGACUGGAUUUGAUUGGCAUUGACGAAGCUCAAUUCUUUGGCGAUCUAUACGACUUUUGCUAUGAAGCAGCUGAUCUUGAAGGCAAGAUCGUACUAGUUGCCGGCCUCGAUGGUGAUUAUUUAAGAAGGAGCUUCGGUUCGGUGUUAGACAUCAUCCCCCUGGCUGACACCGUAACAAAAUUAACAGCUCGGUGUGAGGUUUGUGGGAAGCGCGCUUUCUUCACCCUGAGGAAGAUUGGCGCCACGCAAACUGAGCUCAUAGGCGGCGCAGAUGUUUACAUGCCUGUUUGCCGCCAACACUACUUUAACACCACCGCCGCCACCACCACCACCAUUGAACAAGAAGAACAAGGGUCGACAAGUGCUCAGAAAUGAAAUGCUCAUUGCUCGCCUAUCAUCAUUUUAUUCUCUCCACGCCCAGGAUCCUUUGCUAUUUUUAUUUUUAUCUUUCUUUUCUUGUGCGUUCACUUAUGUCAUUUGUAUAGUAUAGGAUUAUUGUUGGCACCAUAAUCUACUAAUUGCAUUUUUAGUUAUUGUGUUUCAAAA